AUGAAUCAUCCCGCACCUACCCUACUCGAAGGUAAUAGAGGCGAAUAUCAGGCAAUCGCGGUUCCCUUAUACAGGGCGUGUGUCCUCUGUGACUGGAGCAGUGCUGGGCGCAUCUUUGCACAUAACCCAGACGCAGUGAGACUAGCUAUUACAGCUAGUCUUGAGACUCCUUUAAUGGUUUCAGCUUCUUCAGUUGUUAACAAAGACACUGAGGUCUUUGUAAACAACUUAGUACGCCUGAUGAGAGACGAAGACUUCAGAUUAGUAAACAGAAAUGGAGAGACAGCUUUGUACAUAGCUGCGUCACAUGGAAGCAAAGAAAUCGCAAGAUCAAUGUUAGAAAGAUGCCAAGCAUUGCUGACUAUUCCUAAAGUUCCUGGCAUGUAUCCAAUAACACGAAGCGCUGAGUGUGGAAAUCGGGAAAUGACGCGAUUUCUCUAUCUAGCAUCUCUCGGUAUGAGAUCAGGUGCAGUGUGGACAUCAAACAUUCGAAAUAACAUUCUCGUAAGCUGCGUAGAAAAUGAUAUGUUUGGCAUGGCUAGAACCAUUAUGGAUGCAAACAUUGAUUGGUUACAUCCUGUUGUUUGUGGAGAUAUCAUCCGUGUUUUGGCCGGAAAGACUGACGCCCUCAACCAGAAGGAAAAGAAUAUGAUUUUGAUUUGCAUAAGUUGGAUUUUAGGAGUAUCAAAUAUCAUGGGGCCAAAUGAAUCAGAAGAAGAGGCUAAAAAAGCCUCUAGCAUACUGACAAGCGUUGUAGGGGCUACUGAUUCAUUUGAUAGGAGGGAUGUUGAUUCAUUACUUCUGGGACCUAAUAAUCUACCCGCAUACAACUGCAUUUUUGAAGCGGCUAGGAUUGGGAAUACUGAGUUUUUAUUGCACAUUAUCCGGACAUACCCAGAGGUACUGACAAAGAGAAAUGAAGAUGGACACACCAUCUUCCACGUGGCAGUAAUGCAUCGACAACUGGACCUGUACAAUGUUCUGUUUUAUGAAGUGGAGUCCAAAAGGUUUGGAUCAAAUGAGGUGGACAACCAUGGUAAUACUCUACUCCACCUGGUCGGAAUGACAUCAAAAAGGGCCGAACUGGAAAGCACCACCCGAUCAUUUUUGUUGCUCCAAAAAGAAUAUCUUUGGAUCCAGGAAGUAGAGAGGAUGUUGUCACCCCGUCUAAGGGGUGCUAGGAACACUGACGGUAAAACAGCUCAGGAGUUGUUCCUGGAAAACACCAAAGAUUUAUCAUCAAAAGCUCUCAGUUGGAUAAAACAUGGAAUGGUCGCAACGGCCCUUAUUGUCACGAUCUCAUUUGCAGCAGUAUUAACCCCCCCCGGGUGGUUAUCGGCAGGAUAA